AUGAUUGAGUUGGGAUUAUCACGCAUCAGCCGCCUUGUCUUGCAAACACCCCAGCCUUGGAAAGCUAUACACGUCGCCGGGACCAAUGGUAAGGGCUCAAUAUGUGCCUACCUCUCGGCGAUGCUCCAGGCAAGUGGUGUCCGUGCUGGUCGCUUUACUUCCCCACAUCUUAUAGAUCGAUGGGACUGUAUAGCCAUUGACCAGCAUCCCGUUCAGGAAUCUGCUUUUCGUCAAGCGGAAGAAGCGGUGCUGAAAAGAAAUCGGGAGGAGGUCAUUGCAGCCUCGGAAUUUGAGAUCUUAACAGCGACUGCAUUCGAAGUGUUUGCAAAGGAAAGGAUUGAGAUGGGCGUGAUAGAGGUCGGGCUGGGUGGACGGCUUGAUGCUACAAACAUCCUGCAAAACAAGGCUGUGACGGUCAUUUCCAAAAUUGGUUUAGAUCACCAAUCAUUCUUAGGGAACACGAUUGAGGAGAUUGCCCGUGAGAAGGCUGGCAUAAUGCGGCCUGGGGUUCCUUGUGUGCUGGAUAGGAGCAACCCCAUAUCCGUUCGAAAAGUCGUCGAAGAACAUGCAGAAAAGAUCGGAACAGACGUAGUCUUGAGUUCAACGGAAUCCGCAUUUCUUGACGAGCUGACCGAGGAAGAUUUUGAGUCUCAUCAAUGGGAAAACCUUGCAUGCGCAUAUGCGGCAUUCCAAUUGGCGUAUACAAAGUUGGAAUCACCACUUCAUCGCCUACAGCCUGCAAUUAAAAACAUCAACUGGCCUGGACGUCUUCAAACCGUUGAUAUACGAAGCAUCACUGGCAGACGGGAGCCCGUCGUCCUUGAUGGUGCCCAUAAUAUACAGUCCGCCGAGGUCUUGGGUUCCUAUGUCGACAGUAGACUUCGAAGAGGAAACAAGGUCACUUGGGUACUAGCAGCAUCCCAAGGAAAAGAAUUGGAAGGCAUUCUCAAGCCUCUUUUAAAGCCAGGGGAUUGUGUUGCAGCAGUCCGGUUUGGAGCUGUAGAUGGAAUGCCAUGGGUUCAGGCUAUGCCAUGCCACGAUAUUCUAACUGCCGUUUCGAAAUCCGGACUUGAUGCUUACCAAAAUCACCAUGGAGGCACAAACAUUCUAGAUGCACUCAACUGGGCAGCUGCCGUCGCCGGUGGCGGUCCUAUCGUCAUUGCUGGAAGUUUGUAUCUCGUGUCUGAUGUCUUGCGGCUUUUACGGGAGGCACAGAACCCCAUCAAUAGUAUAUUGGGAUAA